AUGGUUACUAUGGCCCCAACCUUCAAAUCCAUCCAGAAAAUCAGUGAAGUGGAAGAUAUUUCCUAUGCUAUACAGCAGGUGUUUCAAAGCUCUCAAACUUCUAUUGCAACCCACAGAAAACAGAUCGUAAUACUGAAGCACAUUCAGGUGAGAGCUCAUGAGCUGAACCUUGAAUCCUGGUUUAAUGUGACCUUUUGUAAACUGGUCAACAAAGUCCUUGUCGUUAAGAGAACAGAGUCAGUAGCUGAUAGAGUGAUAAAGCUUAUAGCAGGAUUCGUGCUUUCUGUGAGUGACGUUUUGAAGGAGUCUCAAACAGAAGAUGAGAAUGCUAACAAAGAGCUUGAGGUUGUAUUUGAAGAAUUUAUCGACCAUUUGGUACGGCACCUGAUGAAAGGUAUUGAUGCGAAGGACAAAAAUGUUAGAUACAGGGUAUGUCAACUCUUGGGUUUGCUGAUGAGAAGCUUAAACAGCAUAGAUGAGGACUUAUUCGAGCUCAUCUCAGAUUGCAUGUACCAGAAAUUGUUUGACAAAGAACCUACGGUGCGUUUGCAGGCGGUGCAUGCUGUCGCCUGUUUCCAAGCAGAUGAAAAUGACAGCGGUGAAAACUCAGAAGAAGGUCAUUUGAAUACAGCCACGGAACGAUUGGUCUUUGUGAUACAGAAUGAUAGUAAUAGUGAAGUUAGAAGAGCGGCUCUCUUGAACUUGGAGAAAACCCCUGAAACUUUCUUAUACCUUCUAGAGAGAGCUAGAGAUGUCAAUCCUGUGAACAGACGACUUGUUUAUUCCAGGAUUAUGAAAGAGAUCGGAGAUUUCCGAAUACUGGAGUACAGUGUAAGAGAAGCUCUACUUACAUAUGGCCUGCAUGACAGAGAUGAUUCUGUCCAAAAAGCCUGUGUGCAGAUGCUCAGCUAUCAAUGGUUAGACACUUUGAAUGGUGACAUCUUGGAGCUGAUCGAACGUUUACAUGUGACGGAGAGCGAGAUUGCUGAACAUGCCAUAAAAGUAGUAUUGACAACACGACCAGAAUACAUCACCAAGAUGAAAAUGAAUAUCCAAGUUUUGGAAUCACUAACUGCAGAAAGUGCGUUCCUUUUCAAAGUUUACUUCACUUACAUCAAUGAACAGAAUAUGAUAGAUAAGUUAGAAGAGCUCCCGGAAUCAUUGACAUUUUCUAGAGUUCUUUCAAAGUAUUUUAGCACAAGACUGAAGAUAAUGGAGCGAUUCAAUGCAAACACCACAGAAGAGCAAGCAAUAGUUGAUCUCAAGGAGAUGAAUUUUGUCAUUGAUAAGUUAUUGGAAGUGUCCACGGACUAUGAUUUUUCCGAUGAAAUUGGCCGUAGAUCAUUACUACAGCUUUUAAGAUCAACCUUGUCAUCUCACAACCUCCAAGAAUCAUCUAUCAAGCUUGUGAUGCGAACUCUUUCUAAACUUUCCGUGAACGAGAGAGACUUCUGUCAAAUGGUUGCUGAAAUCAUUGAUGACUUAACAAGCACUGACACACAUCAGAAAACGGUGGCUCAAAAUGAGAAUAACCAAGAACAUUCAAAGGACGCUUCUGGUGACUCUUUUGUUUCUGCUGUAUCAGAUAUAGAAGAUGAAGAUAUUGAUCCAGAAACUACUGCGACCAAGACGAAAGAGAGAGAAACUCACACUGUCGCAAGUGAAGUUAUGCUUUAUGCGUUACAAAUUGCUCAAGGAACAUUGAUGGUUACGCAUAGCAACCUGAAUGAAAAUAUAUCGUUGAUGUCUCUCAUUGAUAGCUUAAUCCAUCCAGCUAUCAAACAAUCUGAGAAUGUCAUCCGUAACCUAGGGUUGUCAUGUUUGGGUUUAUGCUGUUUGCUUGAUAAACAGUUGGCUAUUGACUCGUUGUUUCUGUUUGGUCUUUGCGUUACUCAAGGUGUGGAUAGCAUCAAACUGACAGGGUUGAAAGCUAUCUUUGACAUUUUGUCUACCCAUGGGAUUUCGAUACUAGAUACAGAGGGUGGGAUUGAUUCUUUAUCAAUUGCUAAAUUAUUCUAUAAAUCUUUAAAAGAUUUCAAAAGACCAGAGUUGCAGGCAAUAUCUGGAGAGGGAUUAUUCAAAUUGUUUUUAGCAGACAUUAUUACUGAUGACGAUCUUUUUGAAACCAUUUUAUUGACAUAUUUCAAUCCAUCAAUCAAUGAGAAUGAGACUUUGAAGCAAUGUAUUAGCUUUGGUAUACCCGUGUAUGCUUACAGUAGUGCCGUGCACCAGCAGAGAAUUUCCAGAGUUGUAGCAGAUACUUUAAAGAGAACUAUGAAACUGUAUGACGAAUUAGAAGAUAAAUCUAAAGCAAUUUCGUUGAACACCAUCCUGCAACAAUUAAUUCACUGGACGGAUCCACGAAAUGUUGUUGGAAUAUCGGAGGAAGAGAUCAGUACGUCGGGCACCCAUGCUGAGUUUGCCAGCCAACUCGUGCAGGCAAUGGAAUCAAUGACUGAAAGCAAGACCUUUGUGAAGAGUUGUGUUUUGGCAUUGCCUAAACUUCACUUGACAGAUACGAAAGAAGUAGCACUGCUAAAGCAGGCCGCACAAAAUUUACGAGAAAUAGUACUUACUGUCGAAGGGGAGGGCCUGUACAAAAUGGAUAUUCCUACAGUUAACGCUAUAAACAAAUUUUAUUCCUUUGUGGAUUCCUUACAGGAUGAAAAAAGGGAAGAAGAAGAGCAGGUUAUUGAGGACCAUGACUUUCAAUCCACCGUUGAAUGA